UUAUAUUUUUUUGUUAUUCGUUAUAAUACGCUUUUAUGUUGUAUGUAUAAUCUAUCAUAAUAUUAUAUAAAAUAUAUUAAUAAUUAAAUAAAAUAUUAAUUAUCGGAGCUCCCAAAUUUGACUCCCAAAUAUUUCAAUCUGUUAGGAUCUUUGAACUUGAGACACAGCACUGUAGUUAAAUUUAGAUCAAUGAGACUAGACACUGUUUUAAGUUUAAAGUUAGCUCAGGCAUAGCCCAGUUAGGGCUCCUAGGUGAGCCACGCCAAUCUAUUCGAAUGGAGUCAAUUAACACGUUUGACUAGGAUUUUGAUACAAAAUCUGGACCGAGAAUGUCGUCAUCGGGUGGAAAUAAAGAGGUUGAUGAUAGUCAAACAUGGGAACUGGCAGAGAGGUGUUUAUUACCCAUCGCGUUUUCACAUGCAAUCGCAGUCAUCCUAGCAACUAUAUUGAACACCUUUGGGAUCUCACAGACAUCUAGCUUUGUCCUUUUCUUGUUGUUAUUGCUCAUAUCCAUAGGAUCCACAUUAUUCUAUCAUAAUCUAAAGGUUACUGCAGCAGGAAAAGCAGUACUAAUCACAGGUUGCGAUUCACGAGUCGGAUAUGCAUUAGCUAAACAGCUGGAUGAUUUGGGCUUCACUGUAUUCGCUGGCUUUAGCAAUAAAGCCGAGAAUGAAGACAUUAUGCAGAAAUUAAAAGACCAGGCAUCUGGAAGAUUGCACGUAUUACAACUGGAUAUUACCAGCGAACGUGACAUACAUUCGACUUUUCUCUACGUCAAUGAAAACUUGCCGGACGGAGCACCUGGAUUGUGGGCACUCGUGCAUGCUGCUGCCUGGGUGACUCUCGGGGAAUGCGAGUGGGUGCCCCCAUCUGUUCUCAAGCGAAGCAUAGAUAUCAACUUCAUUGGCUUAGCGCGUUUAACUCAAGUAUUUCUACCUCUGGUCAGGAGAUCGAAGGGCCGAAUCGUUCUCGUUAGCAGCCUCUUGGCACGGAUACCGAGUCCCGUCCGAGGCAUUUAUUGCGCCCUCAAGGCUGCUGUGGAAGCUUGGGGAUCAUGCCUAAGACUGGAGAUGCGGAGGUGGGGGGUCGACGUUGUGAUUGUUGAGACCGGGGAAUAUGUCUCUGGUAACGCAUGGCUGAAAGACAACUCCGCCCUGCUCGAACAAGCUAGAGAUAUGUGGACUCAACUGGAUCCUCAAACUCGCAAAGAGUAUGGUCAAGAGUUAUUCCAGGCAGAAAUGCUGGCCCUGGAAAAAUAUACACAGGGACCAGAAGCUGAUCUAACCGCCGUCACGAGAAUCCUAAUGGAUGCAGUAGUAAAAACUUUUCCGAUGCGGCGAUAUACACCAGUGUCGCGCAGUGAAAGAAUACAGGCAUUGUGCAAUCAUUAUCUGCCAAAACCAAUCUAUGACAUACUGUACACAAAUUGAUACCUUAUACACUGAUAAUCGGAACAUUAGGAAGAUCACAUUCUUGGAAUAGAUGACAUUGUGAAAAUAACUCCUAGACAUGGCAGAGAAGCAAGAGUUUUUUUAGAAAAUUAUACAAUCAUUGAAAGCACUGCCUAUGGAAAACAAUCACAGAAAAAUGUACAAAUUUAAUAAAGUUAUCAAAUUACCAGA